CUUCUAUGACUUUGUGUCGAUGCCUUUGGAGCCCUCGCUCCGUCACCUAUAAAGCACUUGCGUUUCAAGGCCUCCGGUGUUCUUCCCGCAUCGCAAUCACCAGCUCGCCCACUGUUGUGGUCACCCCAAGAUGUCUCCGAGGCCCCCAACAAGCAGAUCAUCCUCUACCUCGCCCCGUCCGUCCAAGCGAGUGCCCGGACAGCCUAAGUCUACGCGCCAACAGUAUAGCGCAUGUGGUGCAUGUCGUAUGAGAAGAGUUCGAUGUGACCUGAAGGAUCUACCUAUCUCGCCAACGGGGCAACACCCUCCCUGCUCCAACUGCAACGAACGAGGCCUGAAAUGCGUAGACGAGUUUGCGGAGGUCAAAGCUGUCAAACUUCUACGACGCGGUAGGCGCCUACAACAAGUCGAGGCUGUUUACGGGCAGAAUGCUGGGAGGAGGCAUUCUGAGGAACCAUCAUGGGAUGGCGUGAGGGCUCUCCUCCUGAUCCUCCCGCUUACGCAGGAGGUGCAAUCUCCCAUGGAACGACUGGCUAUGUACGAAGCUACCAUCAGCCAGGCGUACACACUGUGUAGCUUGUCUUCCGUGUCUUCCGUCAACAGCGGCCAUGGUGAAUACGUAGACGCCCUCGUGCGUGCACGAAUCUUCUGGUGCGCUCACGUCAUCGACGGCGUUACAUGUGGUCUGCGCGGAGGCAGGAUCCUGCUCACGGAUGACGAUCUGGCCUCCUUCGAGACAACGCUUCCGCCGACAACAGAGAGCUCUGGCAGCUCGUCACUCUAUACAUUCUCCUAUCGCCUUGCCACCGCUCCUAUCAGAAUCGCGUCCGUCUGCCGCGAGAUUCACGCGGCACUUACGGGACCCAAGGCGCGCCAAGGUCGUGAGAUCGACGAGGACAAGCUCCAUGACGCUUGGGAGACACUUGACCAGUGCUGGAAGGACUUCGAUGGCCUUCGGCACCUCGGCACGGAUGGCUUCGUCCAGGCGGGAGAUAUUGAAAGGUUUGUCGAUGGCUGGCAGGUGAGAGCUUCACGCCUUAUCCGGUCACGUUCGAACCCAGCUCACCGUCGCAUCCAGAUAUUCAUUUUCGAGUGCCGUAAGUCAUCUUCACUGCUUAUUCUCCGCAGGGUCAUUGACCAGUGGGAUCCUACUACUAGACAACGUUGUCCGCGAAGCAUUGAAGCAACGCCUCGUUGCACGCCCCACCCCUGAGGCACCGCUUUUCCCCGAAGCACAACCAGCUGGUCGGACGCGGGACUUCGAGACGAUUUCCCGUCUGCACGCGAAAGCAGGGGCGAAAUGCCAGACCAUAGUCCGUCACGUCGUCCAGAU